UUCUGCGGCCGUGAAUAGAAGCAGUAUAUCCGCAAUGACUGGUGAAGAUUUUCCCUGUCCCCAGCCCACGACACUCGAACCGUGUAUAUCCCUGCUCCAAAUGGCACCGCAGCAAACCUCCACAUCUCUAUCAAAAUCAAAAGCACAGCUUCUGUCAACUGCGGCGGAUAAAAAACCGACGGAAGUUAGGCAGAAGAUUGUUCGGGAUGGAUCAGAUCCCGGUUUUGCAAUGCUUCUUUAUGAUAAACUGGUGCAUUUAAAAUUGGCCCAGGUGGAAUCAAGUCCCAUAGGCGAUGUUUGUGAAGACCAGGAGCAAUGAAUGCCAUCAAGAUCGUGGAUAUCAGCGACAACUUCUGUCUACCCUUACACAUUACGGGACAAAACUUUGGACAGAAUAUAUAAUAAGAACCAGCGGAUCAAUUCAACUAGAUUGUAUAGUGGCCAAGUUUACUCGCAACCUCACCUGGUCCAUAACUUACUCCGACUCUAUCCCCAACCUUUUUUAAAAAGAAUAUUGUCCCUUCCGAUAAACAUUAUUAUCUACUGCCCUGUCCUCAUACAUUUCGGAGGUGGCCAUCAAGAUUUAGCUACCCGCUC